GAGAGAACUAACCUUGUUCAGUUGUUCUAAUUUUUUGCUUGAAUAGUGUUUUUAAUUUGUUGUAGAGAACGACUUCUUUUAGGAGUUGCCCUUAAACAUAUAGAUAUGAUCGUGAAGAGAAAACAGGUGGCAAAACGAUAUGCUCCAAAAACCCCAGCAAAAAAGGUGAGAAUCUCAGGGCCAUCAUCUAAUGGGGUACAAAAUAUCAUAGAACGCAACAUGCUCAACAUUAUCAAACCUGAGUCAAGCGAGAAAAAGGAAAAGAGGCAAAAGAUUGAUCAGGAGGAAGAGGAAAGUGCUAAUUAUCAGUCCAUGGGUGAAGCUGUGGGAGCCGGAGAAGGAGCAUCCUCCGCCAGCAUGACACCUUUUGAGAUUCAUAUUCUCUCCCGUAUGGAUGCAUUCCUGCUUGAGCAGAGGGAGCAGAGGAACCGUUUGGUUAUGUUGUGUGACUCUGUCAACAACCUCCAAACCUCCAAACGUUAAACAACCUCCAAACGUUUGAUGGUGGUUUUGGUUGCGAGAUUGUGUUCAAGACUUUAUCUGUUGUUGCUUUAACUUUCAAACUUUGUUUACUUUCCAACUUUUAGCAUGCAUUUUAGUUUAGGUAUUU